CCUUUCGCCCCGCCACCACCACCCUCCCCCACCCAAAACCCGCCCCAUCCCCGUGUCAAAACCUCCGAGCUCGCCACAGCGAUCGCCAGCUCGCCACGCCCACGCCCACGCCGGCGACCAUCCACGCCAGCUCCCGCGGGGCUGACCCAUGGAGGACGUCCUGGGCUCGGCGGUGGGGGCCCACUUCAGCGGCCUCCGCCGCCCCUCCUCCUCCUCCCUCCCCUCCUCGCCCUCCUCCGCCACCUGCAGCGACGCCCCCGCGCCGCCGCCCCGCGGGCUCGCGUCCCCCGCGACCAGGCAGCCGUUCGUGAUCGGGGUGUGCGGCGGAACGGCGUCGGGGAAGACCACGGUGUGCGACAUGAUCAUCCAGCAGCUGCACGACCACCGCGUCGUGCUCGUCAACCAGGAUUCGUUCUACCGCGGUUUAACUGAGGAGCAAUCUGAACAUGUGGAAGAGUACAACUUUGAUCACCCUGAUGCAUUUGACACCGAUAAACUUCUGGAGUGCAUGGGAAAGCUAAAGGGUGGACAGUCUGUAAAUAUUCCUAUAUAUGAUUUCAAGAAUCACCGACGAUGCUCUGAGAGCUUUAGAAAGGUCAAUGUAUCAGAUGUCAUCAUUCUGGAGGGCAUUUUGGUUUUUCAUGAUCAAAGGGUGCGUGACUUGAUGGACAUGAAAAUUUUCGUUGACACAGAUGCUGAUAUUAGGCUUGCCCGAAGAAUAAGGCGUGAUACAGUUGAAAGAGGUAGAGAUGUUCUCUCAGUGCUUGAGCAGUACGGGAUGUUUGUGAAGCCUGCCUUUGAUGAUUUUAUCCUGCCUUCCAAGAAGUAUGCUGAUGUGAUCAUACCGCGAGGAGGAGAUAACCAUGUUGCCAUUGAUUUAAUUGCGCAACAUAUUCGUACAAAACUUGGACAGCAUGACUUGUGCAAAUUUUAUCGAAAUGUUCACGUAGUUAACACAACUUUCCAGAUACGGGGAAUGCAUACCCUCAUUCGUGACCGGGAAAUUACGACUCCUGAUUUUGUCUUCUAUUCAGAUCGGCUGAUUCGUCUGGUAGUUGAACAUGGUCUGGGGAAUUUGCCAUUUACAGAGAAGCAGGUCGUUACACCUACAGGAUCUAUUUAUUCAGGAGUUGAUUUCUGCAAGAAGCUCUGUGGAGUGUCGAUUGUUCGAAGUGGUGAAAGCAUGGAGAAUGCUUUGCGUGCUUGUUGUAAGGGGAUAAAAAUAGGUAAAAUCCUAAUACAUCGUGUUGGAGACAAUGGACAACAACUCAUAUACCACAAGCUGCCCAAUGAUAUUGAGCAUCGUCACGUUCUACUUAUGGAUCCUGUGCUCGGUACAGGUAACUCAGCAAGUCAAGCUAUACAGCUUCUUAAAAGUACAGGAGUUCCAGAGGACCACAUCAUGUUUCUUAACCUUAUCUCGGCUCCUGAAGGAAUCCAUUGUGUCUGCAAGCAAUUCCCUGGUCUGAAGAUCAUAACAUCGGAAAUCGACGCCGGGUUGAACGAGGACUUCCGUGUCGUGCCAGGGUUGGGUGAAUACGGCGAUCGCUACUUCGGCACUGACUAAUCGGCUAAGAUGCCGCUUUCAUUGGCGGCGAAGCGAUAGACGGGGUAGAACUAACAGGAGAUAUACUGGUGUUUGGUUGUUUGUUGUAUACCAGCAGAGUGGAGCGGAGGCAUCACUCUGGCAACCAUUGGAGGUACCAAUGUCACAUGAUGACAUGCAUUAUUAUCAUAAUUCAUAUGGCUAAGCUAGACACUUAGCUCUUUAUGUUCAUGUGACGAGCUUUGACUUUUUGCGAGUUUUGAGGCCCUUGCUUGAUAACCUGCUCCUCGGCUGUUAUAAUGGCCUGUGAAAUGUAAUACCUUGCCUUGGAA